AUGGCCACGGCAAUUCCCUUCCCCCCUCCCCCCUCGUCCGAUCCCCAUGUCUACGUGACCAUCUCGGCCCUCGAAGGCGGCCAUCUCACCCUUCCAGAGAAACUGUUCGUCACAGACGCAGACCCGGACAAGCGCAGCACUGUGCCCUCGCUGUCGUUUCUGAUCCAGCAUCCAAACAAGCAGAAUGAGAACCAGAAUCAGAAUCAAAAGAGCGGUUUCGACAAGAUCGUCUUCGACCUCGGCAUCAAACGCGACCUAUCCGCAUACCACCCCGCCAUGCACUCGCACAUCGCCAACCGCCAGCCCGUGCUCACCAGGCCCGACGUAGCCGACAGCCUGCGGCAGGGCGGCCUUGACCCAGCAAGCGACAUCGACUAUGUCAUCCUCAGCCACGUCCACUGGGACCACGUCGGGACGCCGGGAGAUUUUUUGCAAGCGACGUUUGUCCUCGGUCCGGGCACGUUGCGCCUGCUGGAGCAGGGCGCGCCGCCGCAUUAUCCGAAGGAGAUUUUUGAUUCGGGGAUGCUGCCGAGGGAGAGGGUUUGGGAGAUGCCUUGCACCAGCUCUCCUGGUAGCACUUCCUCGAAGGAGGAUGGAUACGUGGGUGACAAAGCGAGGGCGUUCCAGGGUCGUGAAUGGCGGCCUCUCUGCACCAGCAGCAACGACAGCGGUAAUGAGAUACUAUUCCCCGCCGUAAUCGACCUCUUCAACGACAGCAGUCUCUACCUAAUCGACAGCCCAGGGCAUCUGUACGGCCACAUGAACCUCCUCGCUCGCAUCGGCCCCACGAAAUGGGUGUAUCUAGGCGGCGACUGCUGCCACGACCCGCGCAUCCUGACGGGCGAGAAGGAUAUUGCGCUGUAUGACGAUGGGAGGGGAGGUUUGCGGAGUGUGCAUGUUGAUACGGAUGGGGCGAGGAGGACGUUGGAGAGGAUUCGCAGGUUUACAAAUAAUCAGAGGGGAGGUCUGGAUGGGUCGGUUGAGAUUGAGAUUGAGGUUAUUGUUGCGCAUGAUGCUGUCUGGAGGGAGAGGAAUCGUCAUCGGUUUUUUUCCGAAGAGGUUGUAAUUAUAAGUGUAUUACAGAUGUAUCGUAUCAAUAAUAAUACACUGUUCCGUUCCGUACCGUAUUUCCCCGCAUUUUCCCCAACGGUGGGGUUUGCCCUAACUAUAGAUAUUCAUCACCUACCUAAAUCGGGUAAACCCCAACCCCAUCGAAGAUCCAUUGUCGGAAAUAUGACAAGCUUCCUCGCAAGUCAGCUUGAUUACCGUGGAGAAGAUACUAAUCAGUUAGGUAGGAAUAUUUACCUCGGUCGAUAUUCGAGGGAAUUUAAUUUUUCUCCACGACAUAGACCUAGACAGUACAUGUAUCUAUGUAUGGAUCUUCUCCAACGGAAUAUUUUGUACAGUACUUUACCUUACUUGAUAAUCAUUAAUAGAGUGAAAGAGAACAACGGAAAUGGCUACUCCAGACAAGACGAUCGCGUUCAUAGGUAUGCAGACACUUCCUCUAUCCUAAUUAGUCUACAUUCGACCUAUCUAUCUAUCUGCCUCGGCGUCAUGGGCUACCCCAUGGCCAUCAACCUACGCACCAAGCUCGGGCCAGAAUACAAGCUUCUGAUCUGCGACGUCAGCAGCGACGCACUGCACAAGUUCCAGGACGAGAUGCAAGAAAAGAAAACCGGCCCGGUUGAGGUUGUGGCGAAUGGGUUUGAGGCUGUCAAGGCGGCGGACCUCGUCAUCACCAUGCUUCCCGGUACUCCGGCCGUUCAGGCUGUGUAUCUCGACCCGUCGACGGGUAUUCUUGCUGGUGUUAAAGAUGCUGCUGCUGCUGCUGCUGACUCGCCUCGGAGGAAAAUCAUCAUGGAAUGCGGGACUAUCGAAACGGCUACGAUUUUGGAAGUUGCCCGCGCGACGAAAGACACUGCUUCCGCCCUGUCGUCAGGAUGGACGCUAACGUUCGUCGACGCCCCGGUGUCAGGCGGACCGAUGGGGGCGCAGGCAGGGACGCUGACGUUCAUGGUAGGCGUCGACAGCGCGAGCAACGCAAACAACCACACCUUCAACGCAGUGAAAAGCGUCCUGUCGCACAUGGGCAAAGCGGAAAACAUCUUCCUCUGCGGCGAAGUCGGCGCCGGCACCGCCUUCAAGAUCAUCAACAACUACCUGUCCGCAAUCACGAGCCUGGCAGCGUCAGAGGCGCUCAACAUCGGCGUCAAGAUGGGUCUGGACCCGAAGCUGCUGACAGAUGUGAUCAACACCAGCGGGGGGCAGUGCUGGGUGACGUCGAAAAGUAACCCUGUGCCCGGGGUGCAGGACAACGUGCCGUCCAGCCGCAACUACGAGGGCGGAUUCCGUAUCGAGCUGUGCAAGAAGGUCCUGGGUAUGGGGUCGCAGCUGGCUGAGAUGGUUGGGGCGAGGACCAUUCUUGACAAGCCUACGCUAGCGGCGUUUGAGGAGGCGGCGGCUGAUCCGAGAUAUGCUGGCAAGGACGCCAGGGUUGUGUACAAGUGGUUGAAUGAGUCGAUAAGAACAUAUCUGAUCUAUCUACAAGUUGAUAUUUCUAACAAUCAAAUGUAA